UUGAACGCUUGGUUGACAAGACUCUUUGGUAGUCAGCUAAAAAAUUGAGUACACCUUACAAACACCGCAUAGGGAACCGGUUAUUUCAGUUAUCCAAGGGUUGGAGAAACCUGAGAAAGGACGCAGCGGCUCAGUCAGGCUAAAGAAGCUGGCUAGCUAAACAGUCUGCUAAUACCUGAAAGCUAGUCAAGACCUCCUAGUGUGUGGUUUUCCAUAUGACAAUGGCAGAUUACAUCUGCUUUAAGCCCUAAUUUGCUAUUAAAAUCUACCCUUAGAAGUCUUCUAAAGAUUGAGAAGGGGAAUUUUUUUUGACACUUGAGGUCCCAGAAAGAACAAUAUUGUUGAGACAAAAUACUUGAAAUACUUUUAUUUGGAUAAUUACAAAAGUCUUAAGAGGGAAGGACAAUCUUAAGUAUUGAGUGGUCCCAGCAGAGUGGACUCACUCCAUCUUUUAGUUUUAUUGCUAUUGUAACAGAAAAGAUUAGCAGAGUAAAUAUGAGUACAGCCAGGACAGAGAAUCCACUAAUUUUGGGCUUGUCCAACCAGAAUGGACAGCUCAGAGGCUCGGUAAAGCCUGCCGGAGCACCAGGUGGAGGUGGAGGAGGCCCUCAACAACAACAACUUAAUCAGAUGAAAGGCACAAUCAACAAUGGCAAUUCCCAGCCAGCCCCCACAACUAACGCUGUCAUCAAGCCUGGAGAUGACUGGAAGAAAAGUUUGAAAUUGCCCCCUAAAGACAUGAGGAUGAAAACUUCGGAUGUGACUGCAACUAAAGGCAACGAGUUUGAAGAUUAUUGCCUAAAGAGGGAGCUGCUCAUGGGAAUCUUUGAGAUGGGCUGGGAAAAGCCCUCUCCAAUUCAGGAGGAAAGCAUUCCCAUUGCACUGUCAGGAAGGGAUAUCUUGGCCAGAGCCAAGAAUGGCACGGGAAAGAGUGGAGCCUACCUCAUUCCCUUACUUGAACGCAUUGACCUGAAGAGGGACUGCAUACAAGCUGUUGUCAUAGUGCCCACCAGAGAACUGGCUCUGCAAGUAAGCCAAAUAUGUAUCCAGGUCAGCAAACACAUGGGUGGAGUGAAGGUAAUGGCAACCACAGGUGGCACCAACCUACGUGAUGACAUCAUGAGACUUGACGAAACGGUACAUGUAAUUAUUGCCACUCCUGGGAGAAUUUUAGACCUCAUCAAGAAAGGAGUGGCCAAAGUCAAUCAAGUGCAGAUGAUCGUUCUGGAUGAAGCUGACAAACUCCUGUCUCAGGACUUUGUGGUUAUGAUGGAGGAAAUGCUGGGCUUCCUGCCCAAACAGAGGCAGAUUCUGCUUUAUUCUGCAACCUUCCCUCUUAGCGUGCAGAAGUUUAUGAAUGCACACUUGCAGAAACCCUAUGAGAUCAACCUGAUGGAGGAGCUUACACUGAAGGGUGUGACUCAGUAUUACGCUUAUGUAACUGAAAGGCAAAAAGUUCAUUGCCUUAACACCUUAUUCUCCAGGCUCCAGAUCAACCAGUCUAUUAUCUUCUGCAACUCCUCUCAGAGAGUGGAGCUCCUUGCCAAGAAGAUCUCCCAGCUUGGUUAUUCAUGUUUCUACAUUCAUGCCAAGAUGAGACAGGAGCAUCGCAACCGUGUGUUCCAUGACUUCAGAAAUGGCCUCUGCCGGAAUCUCGUCUGCACUGACCUCUUCACAAGAGGAAUUGACAUUCAAGCUGUGAAUGUUGUGAUCAAUUUCGACUUUCCCAAGCUGGGAGAAACGUACCUUCAUCGCAUUGGUAGAUCUGGCCGCUUCGGACACUUGGGUCUCGCCAUCAACCUCAUCACAUACGAUGAUCGCUUCAACCUGAAAGGGAUUGAGGAGCAGCUUGGAACAGAGAUCAAGCCCAUCCCUGGCAUCAUUGACAAGAGCCUAUAUGUGGCAGAGUACCACAGUGAGAGUGGCGAAGAAGUCAAGCCAUGAGCCAAUCAGUCCAUCCUCCAUUCCCCUUUGUAUCUUUUUUUCAUCCCCCACCCGUCUUGGAGUUCUUUUCUUUUUUUUUUUUUUUUUUAUUGUACAGUGUCUGUCUGUCUUCCUUUUUUGGAUGCCACCGUAAGGAAUGUGUAUUUUGAUGGACGCGUUUCGGAAGAACUCAUUUGCCUUUUAAUAGGGCUCUGUGCUGCACCACCACACCCUGAAGACAUAAGCACCAGGAGGAAAGCACGGGACCAAGUCGAAAAUGUAUCAAUGCACAUUGUGAAGAUUCAUAUCCACCAAUGACACAAAGCCAGCACCAACAGACCGCUAAAUGACACCUUCCAUUCUCCACGUGUUAUUUUAGAAGUUUUAACCAAUUUGUAUCAAGUGCCUUAACAAGCAGUUCAACUCGUUCUAAAGUAAUAACCCUCCAUCAUCCAUCAUCUUGCUCACUUCAUACCACACACUCAUGUUCACCUAAUUGAAAAUUUGUUACACUAAUUUAAUGUCCAACCACAUAGGUGAAUUCAUUUUUGGUUGGCUCAUCCGUUUGCAAGGAAAGGAGAUAAUAAGGACGGAGGCUGGUCUGAAAUAUCUUUUGCUGGCUUGGCUGCACUUGAGUCUGGCUGAUAAAUGAGGACAAGCUUGGAUGUUCCAUGGACAGAGAUGCUGGAUUUUUUUCCAAGAGACAGCCAGACUGUCCAGUUGCUUGUGAAGGAGCUUGUGCUUCAAAAAGACCCAGACCCUUUCCUCUGUCUUCAGCAUCAGAACACUAAAAAUGAAUAAGCAGCCUCUCAAAACCAUGAGUCAUGAGGAUUCCUGUUUUGGUGGAGUUUAAUUGUAGGGAACGCUUUUUGUUUUUCCUUCUUUUUUUUUUUGUCCUGUGUUUCACCUUCCAAUGGAUGGCCAUACUUCAGUCUACGAGAUGUGCAGCCGACAUGUGUGGUGCAUCUUACACCUUAUGUAUAUAACUUCAUUUUAAGAUUGUUUUAAACAAGUUCAAAAGGCUGGCCGACAAACUGAAAAGCUUUUUCCUCCCUUCUCUCUUGUUAGCACUGGAGACUGUGUCCUUAACUGCCAGUUUGUUUGUUCUGCAAUAUUGGCCUGUGAAUUUAUUUAUAAUUUUAGAAAUUGCAGAAUUUAUUAGAACCCAAAACAUUUAAAUCCCUUUGUGCAUGAUAUGUUUUUGGAGGCAGAGUUCAUCACUGAUUAUCUUUUAACCCCUCCAAAUUUGAUGGCAAAUGCAAUUUUUCAAAGCUGCACUUAAACUGAGAUUGUUUAAAUUGUUGCCCUUAUUCUCCUGCUACCAGUGUUAACAAGUGUUCAGUCUAGACAGAUGGCUUUGUUAAGCUUGUGCAUUUGAGUAAUGAAUUCUUUGUUGUCACCAGCCUUAACUUGUGAAACUGACUCUUGAGGCACACUGUAAGAUCUCCAGUUAUAGAGUGUGUUGUUAUUGGAAGAGAAAAUAAUCAUAGUAGUACUACUUGCUGCAGUGCAGCUGAAUUGGCAGAGAAUUUGUGUUAUGGGGAAAGUUUAGCUGUUACGUUGAUCUGUGUGCUCUUUAAGCCCAGCUGCAUUGCUUCACAAAUCUUGAGGAGGAAGCUGUGGAUUUAUUUUCCCCUUUUUCAAAGAAUGCUGGCCAAAUGCGUCAAAAUGAUCUGUCUGACCUAACAUGUAGCAGGAAUUCAUUCUCUGUGCAUUGCAAGUUAGCUGGCUUUACUAAAAACCAGCUAACAAAAGAUGCCUCACUAAAAACAACCUGAGCAGGUUGGGCUGCACUUAAAGCACAGAGAGAUGGGUUCAGGCAAUAACAGUGACUGCACUGCUUUUUGUACACCCAUGAUGCCCACAUGGAAGGGGAGUGUGAUGCAGAACAUUGAAAAAAUAAUAAAAAAUUGGCACGGAGGGGGGAAUGGGCAUGAAGGAUAACAUUACUAUUAGUCGGACUGCUUGUUUAAGAAAAUAACUUGGGCACCUCAGAAUGCUGAGUUAUGGCUUUUGUCUCUGCCCUUUAUUGCUUUGAUAUUUUGGGUUUUGGUAACGUUUUUUGCAUUUUUAUGCAACACAGCCUUAUUUUUGCAUUAAGGUCAUCUGUUCAGCUGAAACCUUUCUGCAAAUGAGGUUCCCUUUUGUUAUGGUGAGAUGCUCUCUUAACUGUUCUAAUCAAUGAGAAGUAUUAUCCCACAUUUAAUUUAAGCUCCUUUUAAAAAUAUACCUGUUGCAAUGUUGAUUAGUUUAAAAUGACCAUUUUAUUUCUCAUUGGUUAGGACUGUGAUCCCUGUUCACUCAGCUCUAUUGUUGUCCCCUGAAUACUUGCACAUGUAAUUUGGCUGUUUUGGCUUAUGGUUUGGGUGGGAGGGCUGUAUUUGUUAAAAAUAUUCAAAUUAAGCAUUGGUUGAAUGAAUGGGGAUCUAAUUGUUCAGGCACUUGGCAGCUGCCUGUCUCUUGUCAGUCCACUGGCAGUAAUCACCACAGCAAAUGCUUUCAUGUCUAAAAUUGACGAUCCCUCAAAUUUUAGUGUAUUGCUACCUUUUGAUGGAAUGCUGCUUUACUGCCAGUGGCUGCCAUUUUGAGAACCUUAAAGACUGAGACAAGAGCAUCUUGCCCCAGAUUGGGUGACUAAAUUGGAUAGUAUGUGUAACUAAAUUGUCUCAUUCUUUAAGGCCUUUUUUUUUUUUCUUCUUCUUUUUUUUUUUUUUAAACUUGUGGGGAGGUUUAAAUUAGCGCUUUCGCUGCCCAGAUGCACAUGUUAAUCUUCUCUUGAUAGUUCCAGCACAUUUAAGGUAACACAGCUUUUGUGUACAAUUUGGCCGUCUUAUCACUUAUCUAUCAAGGAGGAUGAGAAAAGGAGUCCAUUAGGGAUUUCUUUCAAAACUGAUGCAUCUGUAAAAUGAAACAGAGAGAAGCUUUUGGGCUUUACAGAAACAGGAUAAGAUCUAAAGAUCCAAAGUUAUGGUAAUGGGUAUAAAAACGUUUCAAAAUGAUGCCCUUAGAUUUGGAUUUUUUUUUUCUUUUUUCCCCCCCCCCCCAAAUGGAAUGUUCAAGUGGAGUAAACCUUAUUUAUAAAGUCCAAAUUUAAGUGAAGAAUUUAAAGCCUAGGUUCAUUUUUUUUUUUUUUUUUUUGAUGGAAAAUUGGUUGUUAUUUAAUUGGCUCAUUUUUUCAGUGAAGCUAAUUUUACAAUGGACUUAAGUUAAAAAAGAUAUCCUGAAUAUUACUGGAUACAAUUGAAAGUUUUGUUGAGAAUAAAGCUCACUGAAAUUUA